UAACGUACGAGCAACCCGAGAAACAGAGCCCACAAUGAACCAAAGAAACAACCACCGUCUGAUCCUUUUCCCUCUACCAUUCCAAGGCCACAUAAACCCGAUGCUCCAACUGGGUCGGAUCCUCUACGCCAGGGGCUUCUCCAUCACCAUCCUCCACACCAACUUCAACGCCCCAGAUCCGUCCUCCCACCCUCACUUCGCCUUCCGAUCCAUAGCCGAUGGCCUUGACCAAUCGAAGGCCUCCAAAUCAGACAUCCCUGGCCUCAUCUCACUCCUCAACACCCUGUGCGUGAGCCCCUUCGAGGAAUGCCUACGGGAAAUGAUGUCGUUGCAGGGUGGUGAGGCGGUGCCGGUUGCGUGCUUGAUAUCUGAUUCGCUCUUCAGCUUUACCUGCGGUGUAGCCGAGAGAUUGAAGGUCCGUGCGUUGAUGUUGCGGACCGGCUGUGCGACGUGCCUUUAUUUGUACACCAUAUGUCCGGUUCUCAAGGAAAAAUACUUUCCAAUACAUGAUUCUCGAUUGCAAGAAACAGUGAAGGAGUUUCCACCGUUACUAGUUCGAGACAUCCCCGCGAUGGAUUCACAGGAACCCGGGUUGAUGUUCCGAUUAGUAGAUGACUUGAUCAAGACAAUCAAGAGCUCUCCCGGUGUCAUCUUCAACACGUUCGAAGAGCUAGAGCACCCUGCGAUCGCGUCGCUUAGGGAAGUUUUGUCGGUCCCCUUUUUCCCAAUCGGUCCAUCCCACAAAUUCUGCGUGACAUCUUCCUCGAGCAGCUUACUAGCAGAGGACAGAAGCUGCAUCUCCUGGCUAGACGAACAGCCGCCCAAAUCCGUGAUCUACGUGAGUUUCGGGAGUCUUGCGGCCAUGAGCGAGGCAGAAAUCUUGGAGAUUGCACUAGGCCUGGCAUGCUCUGAGCAGCCCUUUCUGUGGGUGGUCCGGCCCGGGUCGGUCUGUGAUCCAGAGUGGCCAGAGAAGUCUCCGAGCCGCUUCCUCGAGGCACUGGAAGGGAGAGGGAAGAUAGUAAAAUGGGCACCUCAAAACGAAGUGUUAGCUCAUCCUGCUGUGGGAGCAUUUUGGACCCACAAUGGUUGGAACUCAACUGUGGAAAGCAUAAGCGAAGGAGUGCCAAUGUUGUGCAUGCCUUGUUUUGCUGAUCAAGGAGUGAAUGCAAGGUAUGUGAGCGAUGUUUGGAGAAUUGGAGUGAACUUGAAUGGUGGGCUCGAGAGAGAGAACAUUGCCAGAGCCAUCAAGAGGUUGUUGGUGGAGAGAGAAGGAGAAGAAAUAAGAGAGAGGGCAUUGGUUUUGAAGGAGAAGGCUAGUGCUUGCGUGAGACAAGGCGGGUCUUCAUACCAAGCCUUGGAUGCUUUGGUCAGUCACAUAUUGUCUUCUGAAUAAUCAUAUGCUGUCUGAGCCUAAUCGCGGUCACAUC